AUGGUUAUAAUACAUACGUCUUCGUCGGCUUGAAAUUCAUCAACAUACAUUUAGUCUUACAGCAACGGUCCAGCCGGGCAAUAUAUGCAGCUCGUGUUAAAACGCUAUUUUCUAAAACAGAAUGUGCGAAUCUCGAACGGCUAAAAAUUCAUACGCAUCCACAGUAGAAUUGUAUGGUUCAACAUCAGCUGCCGCAACAAAAACGCCUAACGAAAGCGGCGCCAAUAGCAGCAGCAGCAACAACAAUACUUCCCGAAUAGGCGAUGUGGGUGCUAAAGUGCUGCGCAUCAUUUGGCAUAGUUUGUAUGAAAAAUAUGAUUAUCUGCGCAGACGCAGCAGCAAUUUGAAAGGUGUGGUCGAACGUGAAACAAAUAAACCUUUGGCGAAAAAAUUUCGACGCUCGUUGCGUUUAAAUAAAUCAGCAAAAAAGAAAGGAUAUGAAUUCUUCCUAAGCGAUGAAGACAAAAGGUGAGAUGACUGGCUGGUGUAGUAAAGAAAUAAAUUCGGGUUUAUAUGA